AUGGCGGUUGCGGACUAUAAGAAAUACCUCGCGGAGAAUGUUGUCGGCGAGCGGCGGACUGUCACAUAUCGCUCGCUGGGUCGAGCAUUGAGAGUGCACAGCACCAUCGCGAAGCAAAUGCUGUAUGACUUUCACCAGAAUGAAAACUCGAAAAAGCCAUCCAGUGUGAACGCGACCUAUGUCCUGACGGGAGCUCCCAAGCCCACCGAGUCUACGGCAAACGACGCCGCGGUCAACGGCAACAGCAACAACGAUGACGAUGACGAUAUAAUGCCUAGCAGCUCGUAUAUUAGCAGUUCUAUGCCCAACCAGGAUGCCGUGCCCGAUCAGGUUUCUGUCUCCUCGGUUCUACUGGCGCGAGAGGAAGACCUAGAAGGCGAGUUUGUUUUUUUCGAGUCAAUAUCGUCCAUAUACAUAUAUAGUUUGCAGGCCACCGUAUUACAGGAUCUCAACGUCCUUACCGAUGUCAGUCGUGAAAUGCUCGCCAGCCAUGCGCAGGAGGAUCCAUUAGAAUAUGGGAAGCAAUGGGGUAUGAUUCAAAAUACAAAUGUCAAGAGGAGAAUAGGGGCACGACCACCACCCCCACCUCCGGCGUCUUCGAGCACGGUACCGGCGAAACGUCCCGCGCAGUCCGAGCCAUCUCAGCCAAAGACUCAGCCAAAGAAAGAAGAAGUCACGAAGGAAGAGCACACAGAACCUCCCAAACCUGCGCAGCGCCAGAAUUCCUCUUUGUCAGCAAAGCCAGCAGAAAAGAGUGCGCCGGCAAAGAAAGAGAAGGGCAGUUUGUUCAGUUCUUUCGCGAAAGCGAAACCAAAGCAGAAGAAGGAAGAGUCUUCAACGCCAGCUGCGUCUGGUGCUGAAUCGGCUGGACCUAGUGGUGCUGAAGAUGUGGUUCUAGAUGAUGCCUCUGAAGAAGAGCAGGAAGAACUCUUCCCGGAAUCCAAGAAGGAAGCCUCUAAUGAAACCCGCGAAAGCAGGAGAGAGCGCGAAGAUAGGCUUAGGAAGAUGAUGGAAGACGACGAUGAGGAAGACGAAGAUAUGCCCGACGCUGCAGAGUCGCCGGCAGAACCGCCGGUAGAACCAGAGACUAUCGACGAACCAGCUCCCAAACAAGAGGAUCUCAAGGUAGAAGCCACUACUAAAGGUGGCCGUCGCAGAGGACGGCGGCAAAUCAUGAAGAAGGCAGUGAAGAAGGAUAGCGAAGGCUAUCUCGUUACGGUCGAAGAGCCCAGCUGGGAAUCAUUCUCGGAAGACGAACCCGCACCGCCGCCGCCCAAGAAGAAACCAGUAGUGAACGCGCCAAAGGGUAAACCUGGUGCCAAAGCGGGGCAAGGGAAUAUCAUGUCGUUUUUUGGCAAAAAGUAA